AUGUCGCUACCAGCUAGCCUUGAGCAUGGGCCAGAGUACCAGCCUCAAAAAAGGCUAUUAACUCCUUUACUCCCGAAGAGGACGUACCCUAUUCCGUCCCCCACUGACCGUGCCGAAUAUCCUGAAAAGCAUGCGUCCCUUUUCAAUCGGACCUUCUUUUGGUGGGUGAUCAGCAACUUGAACGUGGGGUACUUCAGAACCCUCACCGAGAACGAUUUGUACCAAUUGUCUGACAACUACAAAGUUGAGCCAGCAGUCGAGAAGUUCGAACGCUACUUUCAAGAGCACUUGCGCAUCUCGCGUGAGAAGAACCCCGAUAAGGCAGACGAACCUUUACAAGGGUACUCGAGAUGGCGCAUCAUCUAUGUUGUCAUUUUGACCUUCAAAAAAGAAUGUGCCUUGUCAAUGAUUUUUGCUUGUAUCAAUGCGACCAUCCUCGGUGUAACUCCCAUCAUCUCCAAAGGCUUGACCAACUACGUGGAGCAAAAAGUUGUCAAACACACGCUGGUUGGUCCUGGACUAGGGUGGGCAUUCGGAUUUGCAGGCUCAGUCUUGAUUGCUAGUAUUUCUAUCAAUCAGUUCUUGUACCUUGCUUUCACAGUCGGUGUGCAGAUCAAGGCUGUUUUGACGGAUGCAAUUUUACGGAAAGCAUUCAAGUUGAGCCCUGAGGCCAGGAAUAAGUUUCCAAAUAGUAAGAUCACCUCCAUCAUUUCCACAGACUUAAACCGUAUCCAAGUGGCAACUGUCGAUCUUCCAUUCCUCUUUGUAAUUCCUAUUCCGUUGAUCAUUACAUUGGUAUUUUUGAUUGUCAACCUUCGUGUCAGUGCUGUUAUUGGUGUUGCUUGUUUGAUUGUGUUCUUUGUGUUCACUACCUUUGCUGCGGCGAAGCUUUACUCGUACAGAUCAUCCCUUAGCGAAUUGACAGAUGCGAGAGUUUCCAUCACUUCUGAAGUGAUCCACACCUUGAAGAUGAUCAAAUUAUAUUCCUGGGAAAUCCCUUACUUGUCAAAUGUAAUUAAAGCAAGAUCUCAAGAAAUCAAAGUUCUCUUAAAAAUUCAAACAUUGAGGAAUAUUCUUGAAGCUGUGUCACUUUGCUUGUCCGGAUUAGCUUCCAUGUUCACUUUCGUCAUUCUCUUUGUGAUUGAUGGCGCAACCAAAAGUGCUGCCGUUACAUUUUCUGCUCUUUCUGCAUUCGAAAUUUUGGCUGGUUCCCUAGUUUUUGUUCCCCAAGGUAUUGCUAGAGGUGCUGACUUGUUGAUGGGACUCAAGCGAGUCUUUGAAUUUUUGCUAGCUGAAGAAUCUGAUGAUAUACCCCCAAACUAUUAUUUUCACGAAGAUAAGCUAAAUGCAGUAACUUUGGAUAAUGCUAGUUUUGAAUGGGAAAAUUUUGCCGAAGGCGAGGAAGAACCCUUUAAGUUGAGUGAAAUUAAUUUAAAAAUUCAAAAAGGUGAAUUCAUAAUUAUAAGUGGGUCGAUUGGCUCAGGAAAGUCUUCUUUAUUGAAUGCAAUGAGUGGUGCCAUGAAGUGCACGUCUGGUUUUGUUAAUGUGGAUGGGGCCUUGGCAUUUUGUGACCAGCCUUGGGUGCAAAAUACAACAAUCAAAGAGAAUAUUUUGUUCGGAAGUAAGUUUGAUGCUGAACGUUAUGAUAAGGUUGUGUUUGCUUGUGCAUUGCAAGGAGAUUUUGACAAUUUCCCAGGUGGUGACUUGACAGAAGUUGGCGAAAGGGGAAUUACUCUUUCUGGAGGACAAAAGGCCAGGAUCAACCUUGCUAGAGCUGUUUAUGUUGAGUCAGAUAUUGUUAUGCUUGACGAUGUCUUAAGUGCUGUGGAUGCCAAAGUUGGAAAGCAUAUUGUCAAUCAUUGCUUUAUGGAUUUGCUCAAGGGUAAGACCAUUAUUUUGGCCACUCACCAGCUAGCACUUGCAGAUUCUGCGAGUAGGACUGUAUUUUUGAAUUCCAACAACACCAUUAGUGUUGGUACCAAGGAAGAAUUGCUGAACUCUAAUUUUCAAUUCAAGAAACUUCUCUCUUUUAGCCAGCACGAGGAAUCCGAGGAGGUAGAACCUGAAGAUAGGGAGGAGUUAGAAACUAUUUUUGAUUCUGAUGAAGAUUUUGGGGAGGAAUAUAUUGUUGGUACUGUCAAUGAUGAGGCCAAGGGAAAGAUUGUUGAAGAUGAAGAAAUGGCUGUAAAUGGAGUGAAAUUCUCAAUUUACAAGCAGUACGUGAAAUAUGGUGCUGAAAUGGGUAUAUUUUUGUAUUUCUUAAUUUUCACUUUUUUGGUUGUGGUCACUGGUUUCCUACUGGUUUUUGGCAAUACUUGGCUUUCAUUUUGGGUCACUGACAAAUUUUAUAGAUCCAGUGGCUUCUAUAUUGGAUUAUAUGUCCUUUUUAACAUCAUGUUGGUUCUUAGUGUUGCAACGUUAUUCAUUCUCAUUGCAACUUUGUGUUCACAAUCCUCAAAGAAUUUGAAUAUUGCUGCAAUUGAUAAGCUCUUACAUACCCCAAUGGCCUUCCUUGAUAUCACACCAAUAGGAAGAGUGUUGAAUCGAUUCACAAAGGAUACAGAUGCUUUGGACAACGAAAUUUCCGAGAUGUAUAAGUAUAUGGUUUAUUCUGUGUGGAAUCUUGGUGGUACAGUUGUUCUUGUUGUUAUCUACUUACCCGUGAUUAUUGCAGCUCUCCCAAUAAUUGCGUUGGCCUUCCUAUUUUUGGUCAACUACUAUAUUGCUUCAACUAGACAGAUCAAACGAAUUGAAUCAAUUAAGCGUUCUUAUCUUUUCACUAAUAUCAACGAAAGUUUGGGUGGGAUGUCAACCAUUAAAUUUUACAAGAGUCAAGAAAGGUUUAUUUCAGUGAAUAAGAAGCUUAUCAAUGGAAUGAAUGAGGCCAGUAUCUUAAACUAUGCCAAUCAAUGUUGGUUAGCUCUUGGUUUGGAAAUGCUUUCUUUAGUCAUCACUCUCUUGGUGUCACUUCUUUGUGUGACUGAGGCAUUCCAUAUCAGUGCUGCGUCUGUGGGUUUGUUGAUUAAUUAUACUGCCACCAUGUCAUCCAACGCAAGUCUUUUGAUUAGAAUGUAUUCAAGAUUGGAAAAUGCCAUGAAUUCCACUGAAAGAAUCUGUGAGUAUGCAAACGAUCUACCUCAAGAAGCAGACUAUACAAUCCAAGCAACACAGCCUCCAGCAUCCUGGCCCUCUGGCGGUCUGAUUGAAUUUAAACACGUUUCCAUGUCUUACAGACCUGGCUUGCCGUUGGUUUUAAAGGACAUAAAUUUCACUACUGCUCCCGGUGAGAAAAUUGGUAUCUGUGGUCGUACUGGUGCAGGUAAGUCGUCCAUAACCACUGCUCUUUACCGUUUGAGUGAACUAGAUUUGGGGGAGAUUUAUAUUGAUGGAGUAGACAUUUCGAAAAUUGGAUUGAAAGAUCUCAGGUCACACCUUUCAAUCAUCCCCCAAGACCCUGUUUUGUUUAAUGGAAGUAUUAGAAAAAAUUUGGAUCCUUUCGACGAAUAUAGUGAUGAUAAGAUUUGGGAUGCAUUGAGAAGGUCAGGCUUGAUUAUGGAUGAGCAGUUGGCUGAAGUCAAGGAACAAUUAUCUGAAAUAGACCAAUUGCAUAAGUUUCACAUCAAGCAGGAAGUUGUUGAUAGUGGUUCCAAUUUCUCGUUGGGAGAGAAGCAAUUAAUUGCAUUUGCGAGAGCCUUACUCAGAGACACCAAGAUUUUGAUCAUGGACGAAGCCACAUCCCUGGUGGAUUAUCAAACUGAUAGCAAAAUCCAGCAAACCAUUGCAAAUGAAUUUGCCCACUGUACAAUUUUGUGCAUUGCCCAUAGAUUGAAGACAAUUGUCAAUUAUGACAGAAUUUUGACGCUAGACAAAGGGGAGGUUUCUGCCAUAGAUACUCCAUUCAAUUUGUACAAUGAUGAGACGUCACUCUUUAGACAACUAUGUGAAAAAUCGGGCAUCAAUGCACGGGAUUUCGCUAGUAAGUUGAUCGAGUACGAUCUCUCCGAGUCGAAGGAAACCACACCCUAA